ACACUGCGCGACUGACGUGAGACGGUGUUCCGGAGGCCGUAGCCUGCGGCUCGGUGUCGGUGUUGACGGAGGACCGUGAGGAGCAGACCCGGGAUUUCACCGCUGCUCCCGGACAGAAGAGAAUGCCGUCUCUGUCGGAGCAGCUGCAGGAGGUGCGGAGUCGGGCUGAAGUGUGUCUGUACUCUGGGGGCCGGGUGGUGGAGGUGCGGGCCGGGGUCAUGGCUAUGGCCAAUCUGUCUUUACCGCCCUGCUCCAAAUACCGGCACAUCGCUGCAGAGACCAUGGUCAUAGAGAACAGCGUCGGCAGCAACAGGAAGGAGACUCUUGCGUCUCUCCAGCGUUUGUCUACAGCUCUGAACAUCCUGGAGAAGUACGGCUGUAACCUGACCAACCCCAACAGGCCAAAGUACUGGAGGACUGUGAAACACAACAACCCGGUGUUCAGGGCCACUGUCGAUGCUAUUCAGGGGGGGCGGGCAGUGCUCUGUCUCUAUGGUUACUCCAAUCAGCAGCCAGAUGGGCUCAGCUUCCCUGACGAUGUCACAGAUCCUGAUGUGGGCCGAGUUGCUGCAGUAACACUGGAAGUGAUGAGUCUGAGGAUGGAACUGGAAAUGCUUAUCAAGGAGGCGCACCCCCACCCUGAGUUCUAUGAGAGAGUCAUUCCUACACUGAGACACAAGGACGUGGGUCUCAAUACUGACGCUGUGGUCUACCACUCAGAGGGUCAGAGCAAGUCUCUAGCCUUCCCCCUCCACCAUCACUCCUCCAGGGAGAGCAGCCAUGGCCACUCCCUGUCGUCCAACCACCAGAGCCUCAGGUCCAUCCAGGUUUUUUCCACCUCCUCAAACAAACACCCAGAGAACUGCACCAUCUGUGGAAUAUUCAGAAUCUCCGCCCACUGCCUCACCUGCCUCCAGGGCCUCUGCUCAGAGUGUGACAGACUGUACCACUCCUACCCUGAGAGGACCAACCACCGUCGAACAACCGUCAACUCAUCAUCGUCGUCGUCAUCAUCAUCGUCCAAAAACCGGAGCUGUCACAGCUCUUCCACCUGGAGUUGCCUUCACUGCACCAAAGUCAACUCUGUCCAGGAUGUGCUGUGUGAGGAGUGUGAGCGCCCCCACCUGGAGUCCAUCAGCUGUAAAGCAGAUGACUCUCAGCCUGCCACCAUCACGGAGUGGCAGUGUAAGAGCUGUACCAUGGUGAAUGCAGCCAGCAGUGUUCUGUGUGAGGUGUGUGAAAGACCUCGUUUAGCCACACGACCUCCAGUGACCCCAUCACACCCACCCAUCACCCCCCCCAGGCCACCAGCUCCAGUACUGGGCAUGCCCGGUGACCCUGACAGCCAGUGGGUGUGUCAGUUCUGCACCUAUCUGAACUACUCUCCUGCGACAGUGUGUGAGAUGUGCGACCUGGCUCGUCCAGAGCCAGCACCGCUGCCCGCGAAGCUCCGCCCUCCCUCUCCCGUCAGACGGGUCCCCGCCCUGCCAAUCAAACCCAAAGAGCCCGCCCCCGAAGACCUGGACACUUGGAGGCAGAGGCUGAUGAAGGAGGAGGGGCUGAAGCUGAUACAACUGAUUAGAGAUGGGGAGAAGAAAGGCGUGAGUCCAGAGGAGGUGUACACGAGCAUGAGGGUGGCUGGGGACAGCAGCAUCCUGCCCUGCAAGUGGUUAAAGACGGAGCUUCCUCUGCUGUUAGACCAGGUCAGGAUGCUGGUGGCGACAUCCUCCCCGACCACAGCAGAGCACACAAACAGGUCAUGUGAAGCUCCUGCUGAGGAUUCUGGGAAAGAGGCGUACCCUCCAGAGACAGAGAGCGUGGUCCAGCUGUCCAGAGCAGAGGCCAAGCAAGCCUGGCUGACAGCAGGGGGCGACACUGAGAGAGCUGCCAAACAGGCCCUGAGAGACCGACUCGCCAAGGUGAAGGAGCUGUGUGCGCUGGGCUUCAGUGAUGAGGCUCGCUGCCAUGAGGUGUUGAGACAGAGCGGUGGUGAGGUGAGAGGGGCCCUGGCCCUGCUGCAGCGACCCCUACUGGAGCCCUUCCACAACCGCAUUUGGAGUGACAAGCCCGAGCCUCCUGUAGACAUCCAUCACCCUGACAAACAGCGGAUAUGUCGGAGGCUACUGGCGGUGUACGAUCUUCCCAGCUGGGGUCGCUGUGAGCUGGCGCUGUCGCUGCUUCUGGAGCACAGCGCCCCCUACUCACUGGAGGACGUAGUGCAGGCUGUACGAGAGUCCCACGACAGGGAGUUUAUCAAGAGAGUGCUGGCUAAAGAGUGUCCCAUCUGCCUCUCUGUCUUCCCCCACAGCAAGAUGCAGUCCCUGACAUCAUGCCAGUGUUCGGUCUGCUGUGGUUGUUUCCAGCAGCACUUCACCAUCGCUGUAAGGGACAAACACAUCAGGGACAUGGUGUGUCCAGUCUGCUGGGAGCCCAACAUCAACGACCCUGAACAUCUCAACAGCUACUUCUCCACCCUGGACAUCCAGCUGCGAGAGUGUCUGGAGCCAGAGGUCUAUGAGCUGUUCCAUAAGAAGCUGACAGAGCAGGCUCUCAUCAAGGACCCCAAGUUCCUUUGGUGCUGUCACUGUUCCUAUGGGUUUAUCUAUGAUGGAGACCAGCUGAAGGUUACCUGUUUUCAGUGUCGCAACAGUUUCUGUGCUCAGUGUAAAAAGCCUUGGGAGUCCCAGCAUGCAGGUCUGUCCUGUGAACAGUACCAGUCAUGGAAGAGAGAGAAUGAUCCAGAGUAUCAGAAGCAGGGUCUGGCUGGAUACCUCAGAGACAACGGCAUCACCUGUCCUAACUGCCGCUUCCAGUACGCGCUGUCUAAAGGAGGCUGCAUGCAUUUCUGCUGCUCACAGUGUCGUUACCAGUUCUGCAGUGGCUGCAACAACCCUUUCCACACUACCUGUGCCGUGGAUGAGUGCAGUGUGUCUGGACUACAUGCCCAUCAUCCCAGAGACUGCCUCUUCUAUCUGAGAGACUGGGAACCUUCCAGACUGCAGGCUUUACUCCAGAAUAAUGAAGUGGCCUUCAACACUGAACCUCCUCCUGGAACACAGACAGGUCUGUGUGGAGUGAUAGAGCAGAAGGAUGAGGGAGGGCAACAGCCGGACUCAGCCUGUGGAGCUCAGACCCAACAUGGACACGCUGGACUCUGCGAGAAGCAUUACCGGGAGUACCUGGUCAGCCUGAUCAACAGCCACUCAAUCGACCCUGCCCCCCUCUACAGCUCCAACGAGCUGCUGUUGGCCUGCAGGAGGUACAAGGUGGACGACAACCGCAGGGACGGAGAGGACGGCUUCACCUACUACAGCAGACUGCUCGAGAAACUGAUGGACGAGGUCCCCCUCGGUGACAAAGUGCCACGCAAGAAAUAAUGAACACCUCAAUUCCUCUUUCUUGUUUCCUGCAGCUGUGAUCCUGUCGACCUUUCAAAUUAAAACUCAGAC